AUGGAGUCUACAAUUAGCAGCCAAGAGAGGAACGAGUUCUUCCAAAGACUCAAACCAUGCUGCGUCAAGAUAAGUCAAUUGGCAAUACGAGAAGCCGAUGCACCAGCUUCAUCCCGGGAACUAGGUGAACAGACGAGGCUUCUUCUUGAGAUUCUCGAUCAGCAGAUCAAACGAAACCCUUUGUUACUGGAUGAGAAGUUCUCCGAAUAUGUCUUCUUUCCUCUCCACCAUGUCUUCCGUCAGAUGGACCAAUACCCAAUGCCCCUGAUAGAGAACUGCAUCAAGACGCUUACGAUUCUCAUCACACAUGGCUGGAAGGCAAAGAUCUCCGCAGAACUCGUGCGGCAGAUCCUCAGCCUCCUAACUUUCAUUAUCGAUGGGACACCUGACUCUAGCCCUACACGCCCCGUUGCCGAGGAAACUGUGUUGGAAGCUUUUCGUGGUUUGACAGCCCUCUUCAACACAGCCGGUUUAUCAACAAAAGCAGCGUCAGGGCUUUCGGAAACUGAAUCCAUACCUGCUCUUGGACAUGGGGUAACGGUAAUGCUAAACGGAGUGGUUGACGGUGCCACGCCCCAGAUUCAACAGGAAGCAUUGCGGGCCUUACAAGCUGUGUACCGUACUGUGAAGGAGUUGGCCGCGUUGGCUAGCUUCUUGCCCGGCACAAUAUCUUCAUUAGCAAAAGUCUCAUCCUCGCCCAAUCAUUACAAAGCUACCGUUCUCGCCAAAUGCUCAGAAACAGUCGCUCUCGUGCUAACGAGUGUGAUGGCUGAUCUUCGAACACGGUCCAUACUAGCCAAGAAUGAAUCCGAAAAUGAAGACGAACCUCAUGAUAACAAGAUUCUCUCUGCGGCUUGGCUUAAAGCAAGCGCUAUGCAAGUCAAGAAAGCGCUGGCGGCGAUGAUGAAACUGCGGUCUCACGAUUCAGCCGAGGUCAGAAAUGCUCUCAACCAGCUCUGUGUGAUCCUUCUUGACGAAUGCCACAAAACAUUGUCCAACUGUGCAACUAUACUGGUUGAGACAGCUAUGGUACUCGGAGAAACUGGAUCCAAGGUAUCUCUGACACAGACUAGCCUACGGGAUCUUAUUAGUAUCUACCCGGAACUGGGUGAAAUCGUCAAGACAACAACAUACAACUGGAUGUCCAGUCUCUCAAGAUUGAUGCAGUCAGCUGAUGAAGAUGCCAAGAUAGACGCGAUACGAAAUGUCUUGAAGGGCCUCGAGCUGCUCAAAGAGCUACACAUACAAUCGUCGACACUUGAUGAGUCAAUGUCGAUGAUGCUUCGGGACAGUGUUAUAGCUUUGAUGCAGGCGUCAAAAGCUAUAGAAACGAAUGAGAAUAUUGACAUCCGGCUAAUAGCGGGGGGAGAGUCAUCCUCAGGUUACGAGGAUACACAGUACCAGCCUGUCCUACUACCCGCUGAAUCUCAAAAGAAGCUCCGAAACGAGUUAUCGUCACUAAUUGCAUUUCUUGGUACAGCAUCGCAACAAGCAAGGUUUGCGGGUAACAUGUUGGAGCAAGUUCAAGAUUCCGACAGCCAUAUUAGUCAAGUUGCUACCUUUUGGCUCUGCUUCCAGACUGUGAAAGCGAGCCACAAGUCUUCCGCCGAAGAAGGGAUGUUCUUCAAUCUAUCAUCUGUAUCGGAUUCAUCUCUGGAUAUUGACUCUGUGUUCAAUGAGCUCUACACAACUGCUGUGCAAAUUCUUGAUCGACAUACAGAUACAGAACACGCCGAUUGGCGGCUGGAAGCUCUGGCUCUCGAAGCGACCGCUUACACGGCACAAAGGUCUGGAGAAUCGUUUCGUCCCGAACUGAUCGAUGUCCUUUUUCCUAUUGCGACGUACUUGGGAUCCAAGAAUUCACAACUUCAAAAGCAUGCUGUUGUUACGUUGAACAGCCUCGCAACUUCCUGUGGAUAUGCCAACGUGUCGGAACUUAUCAUCCAGAAUGUUGAUUACAUGGUCAACUCAGUCUCUUUAAGACUUAACAGUCUAGACAUAUCACCUGCAUCGAUCAACGUUUUGACUAUGAUGAUCCGGCUGGCUGGACCUAGGCUGGUUCCCUACUUGGAUGAUGUCGUUGACUCUAUCUUUGGAGCAUUGGACAACUACCACGGAUACCCGCUCUUUGUAGAGAAUCUCUUUGUUGUGCUGAAGGAGGUUGUGAACCAGGGCGUUCUUUCAGACAUGCUGUUACUUGAACAUCAAAAGAACUCAAGACCAGAUCAUAGAAAACAACACAAGAAGGCACCAGGUCUUUCCGAUCUCAUGGACACCCUGGAGAAGAGAAAACAGCGAGCUGAGCUUGAAAAGUCGGAAGUGGAUAGUGUGAAAGGUCAUCCGAAUAUUCCGUGGAAAGAUGAUAAGAAUAAAGGGGAUGGCGAGAGCGAGGAGGUGGAAGCUCCUCCAGAACCAGAGAAACCGCCGAAUUCUCAGACAUACCGGCUCCUGCUGAGAGUGGCAAACCUCACCCAGCACUACCUUACAUCGCCAACGCCAACACUACGGAGAUCAUUGCUUGAGCUUUUGACAAUUGUAUCCACUGCUUUAGCUCCAGACGAAGAGGCAUUCCUACCUCUUGUUAAUUCGGUCUGGCCCGUUAUGAUCGACAGGUUGCAUGACCCAGAAGCUUACAUCGUGGUUGAAGCAUGCCACGCUCUUGCCGGGCUUUGCGCUGCUGCUGGGGACUUUCUUAGCUCUCGGUUCAAAACCGACUGGGCUGACUGGCUUCGAGAUUGGUGCCGCAAAAUUAAACAUCAAGCUUCCGCCUCACCAAGAUGGACCAGACCCCAUGGGGAAGCUGACAUUGUGCGGGGGAGAGAAAGCGACGAUAGCCGAGUGUUGAUACCCCUGAGAGAUUGUGAAAGCCUAAGCGGCAAGCCUCUAACGCGAAUGGCCACAUCGUCUUCAGGUAGUCUGGGGAAGUUUGCAUCACCAGUACGGCUAUGGGAGGGCACGGUCGAGCUAUUGACAGCUCUCGUGUCAUAUGUUCAAAUUGACGAAGAGAUGUUUGAUGAUAUUCUUGACUUGCUCGCGGAGGUUUUGGAGCGCAAUGUUCAAGUUCGGGAGGCAUUGGAAGCUAUCAACAAGGACGCUGUAUGGCUAUCAAGGUACGAGCGAGGGAAUGUUGAAUGGUUGCCGACGCCGAAAAUGAACGGGGUACAAUUUGCUACCAUGGAAAUGUCUCAGGAAAGAGCAUCUAGCAACUAG